AGUGUGGAGAGAAGAUUGGCCAAUGGGGUAGCAACAUGGGCGGCCCUUGGGCAGCCGGUUAGGCUGUCCGAUUUCCGGCCGCACGCGCUCUUUUUUUCUAGGCUGCUAGAAGGCGAGAAGGCCGCGAUCCGUUGUGGGAGCGAGGGCCCAGGAACAGGUUGGAAAAAUGCAAGGCAAUAAAGGCUUUAACAUGGAGAAGCAGAACCAUGCUCCAAGAAAACAGCAUCAGCAACAGCAUCAGCAGCCACCUAUUCCUGCUAAUGGACAGCAGGCCAACAGCCAGAAGCGACUGUGUACCUUAUUCCCCUCAGAUGAAGGCCUCACUAUUGACCUGAAGAAUUUCCGGAAACCUGGUGAAAAGACAUUCACCCAGAGGAGCCGCCUCUUUGUGGGGAACCUGCCCCCAGAUAUUACUGAGGAGGAGAUGAGAAAGUUGUUUGAAAAGUAUGGGAAGGCAGGUGAAGUCUUCAUACACAAGGACAAAGGCUUUGGAUUUAUCAGGCUGGAAACUCGCACUCUAGCCGAGAUUGCAAAGGUAGAACUAGACAACAUGCCUCUCCGUGGGAAGCAACUAAGAGUGCGCUUUGCAUGCCACAGUGCAUCACUGACUGUCAGAAACCUGCCUCAAUUUGUGUCAAAUGAGCUCCUGGAGGAAGCCUUCUCUGUGUUCGGCCAGGUGGAAAGGGCUGUGGUUAUUGUGGAUGACAGAGGAAGAUCGUCUGGGAAAGGCAUUGUGGAGUUUUCAGGGAAACCUGCUGCUAGGAAAGCUCUGGACAGAUGUAGUGAAGGGUCUUUCCUGCUAACCACAUUCCCUCGGCCUGUCACCGUGGAGCCAAUGGACCAGUAUGAUGAUGAGGAAGGACUGCCAGAGAAACUGGUCAUCAAAAACCAGCAGUUUCACAAGGAGCGUGAACAGCCUCCUAGGUUUGCACAGCCUGGCUCUUUUGAGUAUGAGUAUGCCAUGCGCUGGAAGGCUCUAAUAGAAAUGGAAAAGCAGCAGCAAGAACAGGUGGACCGCAACAUCAAGGAAGCAAGAGAGAAGCUGGAAAUGGAGAUGGAAGCAGCUCGCCAUGAGCAUCAAGUUAUGCUCAUGAGGCAAGAUUUAAUGAGACGCCAGGAAGAACUAAGGAGAAUGGAGGAACUGCAUAACCAAGAAGUGCAGAAACGUAAACAGCUGGAGCUCAGGCAGGAGGAAGAACGCAGGCGCCGUGAGGAGGAGAUGAGACGGCAGCAGGAGGAGAUGAUGAGACGCCAGCAAGAGGGCUUUAAAGGGAAUUUUGCUGAUGCGAGGGAGCCACCGGAUAUGCGCAUGGGACAGAUGGGCAUGGGAGGUGCCAUAGGCAUGAACAAUAGAGGAGCUAUGGGUGCCACCACUGUCCCAGCCGGUGCACCUCCUGCAGCUGGUCCUGGAGCUAUGAUGCCUGAUGGAGCCAUGGGAAUGGUAAUGUAUCUGCAGCAUUAUUUUUCUAGCUACUCUCUUUUGAAUUCUUUUAAAGAGUACAGUGUGGGGCUAACUAUGGAGACUCAGUUAGUAGUUUCUCUGUUGCUAAGGCUGAGAUUUGCUUUACAUCAAAGACCUGCUUUUUGGCCCCCUCUCAAAUCCUCAGAGGUCAGUGUUCACAUAUGGUAUGUGGCUAGCAUGGAACUUGUUGCCCCAAUCUGAGGUGACUCAGUCAGAAUUCCUAAUGCUUUUCUGUCAUAUUGUACCUCAAAAAUAACUUGCCCUAAAAUGUAUUUGAAAGAUCUCAGUGACAGUUUUUGUAUGUGACAAAUCUUUUACAUGGGGAAAGGUAUAUUUGGGAAACUUCAUUGAAUUGGGGAUCUGGGUUCUGGCAGACUAUAUGGUUCAAAUUUUCAAGAGCUUUCUACCUACCAAUUCCCAUUGAGAACAGUGGAAAAUCCCCCUAAAGUGAGAACAGUGUGGGUUGCUGAGCUCUUCUGAAAGUCUGACCAUUAAAGGGCAAAGAAUGACUGGAGACCUAUGCUUGCUUAUUUUUCCCUGCCUAAAUGGUAGCUUUUCCUUGUAAAGAGCCUUCAAAAUGAAAAACCAUGGUUAAUGGAGGCUUUUCGUUGUGACUCUUUUGAGAUGGGGAGAAGAAAAACCCCGUCUUCCACUGAUGUCAUUCCUCUGAAGUGGAUGCUGGGGAAUUUUCGUUCUCUUCCCCACGUUUCCCUAUAAGUGGGAAUAAAUGGAGGGAUCAUUGAGGCUUCAGAGCCCCUCAUAGUUCUUUGACUUUUCUCCUCCCUACCUCUCCCUAAUUGCCCUAUAAAGUUUAGGAGCUCUUCAGGUAUCCUGCUCCUUGCUUUCCAAUCAGUAUCGUUUUAAACAGUUUAAAAAUGCAAAAACCCAAAGGAAAUGUUGGAUAAAAACUCUUAAUGUUGAAUAUCUAUCAGUACCAGAAGGUUAAAAAUUCCAUCAAUUAGAAAUCCAGAAUUAAGGCUCUACUUAAAAGAAAUCCGCAUCCGAACUCUGCUCCAGCAACAAGGCCAUAAGAAAAGCAAAUAAGACAGUCGUCCAUCUACACAUUUUAGCAGUCACCACAAACGUGAAUGCUUUACUCUGAAUCAGGCAGUGGCUAUACCAACUUUUGCCUUCAUGUCCACACAUAAUGAAACCAGUCCAUAAAUUCACUUUGAAUUCUAAUUAAACAAAUAGCGUACUAAAUAUAGCUAUUCCUCCACUCUUAAGAUUCACUGAACCACCAAUUAGGCAGGUAUAAGAUUGGCGCUAAUGUAUCUACAUAUGCAUACCACCUAGGCCAGAUUAUGAAAUUACAGUACUUGUGUGGGGAAAAAAAUGUGAGUUAGUGUGGUGAAAAAGCAUCCUAUUUAAUAUCAAACAUGCAUGUUUGAAACCAUAUAUAAAACCAGUGCUUGUUAGUGCAUAUUUUUGAUACAUCAUCUGCAAGUUGUAUCAAGACAAUAUAUUUGUCUAAUAAGAUAGCCACAGCCAUUGUACGUGGACUGCUUAAAGCCCUUAUAAAAAUGAUGCAAGGAACAAAGAAAUGAAAUCUAGGUUGCUGUAAAGCAGGGGUUCUCAAACUGGGAGUCAGGACCCCUCAGGAUGUCGCGAGGUUAUUACAUGGGGAGUCGCAAGCUGUCAGCCUCCACCCCAAACCCCGCUUUGCCUCCAGCAUUUAUAAUGGUGUUAAAUAUAUAUAUAAAAGUGUUUCUAAUUUAUUGGGGGGGGGGGUCGCAUUCACAUAGCAAGCUUCUGAAAGUGGUCACCAGUACAAAAGUUUGAGAACCACUGCUGUAGAGGCAAAGUGAAGGUUGUUGCAUGUUCACUUCAAUUCUGAGCUUUCAAAUGUUUCGGGGUUACUUUAGUUAACAAAGUUUGAGUAAUUUAGUCUUAGGAAGGUAAUGGGGUGGGAAUGGUGAUGACUCUUAAGAGGGUUAAACUAGAUUAACUUGUAAAGAAUCUGAUUUUGAUGAUAUCCAGUGAUGGCUACAAGACUAAUUUGACAGCUUCAGAACAGACCAUGUCUUCUCUCCAUAUUUCUUUCCCAUCUGCUCCACGGAGCUCUGCUCUUGCCUGAGGCACAGUAUCACAUCUGCAGCAUGAGCAUAGCAGCUAUGUAAAUAUUUUGUGUCUAAAGUGUUCUGGGAAUUUUGCAUACCAAAUAAGACACACUCUGCUUCAGAAAGCUUAGUCUAAGCUAUAGGCUAGUGACCAUUGGGAGAGGCAGGCCAGGGGGUGGGAGGGAGAGGACCAAGGUUACCAAAAUAAAGUCAUGCAGUUGCUCUAGUUGCUAAUGUAGCAUAUAUUAUUAUCUGAGACUUCUUCAGUUCUCUUGUGAUAACAUCAGUGUUUCAAAUGGUGACAAAGUUUGUGUGGAUAAAGGGGCAGGGAUAUUGGUGGAUUGGAUGAUGCGGAGAGGAUGGAUUCAGUGAGGGGGAAAUGUGAAAGGAGGGGAGUCCAGGCACACUGUUGAAAAGGAGGACAAAUAUUAUCUCUGGUGAGUGGGGGGGGUGGGACUUCUAGGGGUCAGGAGGCUUUUACAGGCUGCUUUGGAAGCCAACCCUGUUUAUAUUGGCUCCAUGUUAGUGCUGGGAGUUAGUGGAACCCUAUGUCCCAGAGCAGCUGCUUGGUCUGAUAAGGAGCAGAUCCUGCACUGACCCAUUCCUGGCACUGACAGUGGUUCCAGUCUUUCCCUCAAGUAGGGCCUCUUAGAACGUGGCCUUCAGGACAAGACCAAGGCUGUUCCAGACCCUUUCUUUUCUGCGUGGGAGAGUAUAAGGCGGGCUGCCAUUUUACUAACCCUAGUUGUGUGAAAUCCUCAGCAACGUUGGCAGCAUGUGUCAGGGUUCCAAACCCUUGAUCACCCCCAUUUGUAGUUUGAAUGAUUAUUGGGUGUCCAGGAAUGGUGUUCGAUUUGGGGGAGUAUGGUGGAAUUGUGAAACUCUCAGGAUCCCAGACUGCAUUACUCAGCCCACUACAGGGCAUUAGGCUACAGAGUUUGUGUGGCUAUUUUUCAGGUAUUCUUGGCCCUGAAUUCUGUGGGGAAGCUGACUUUGUUCCUGUGGUACUUAGUUAUCUGAGAUCACAUCCCUGUCAGUCCAGUCUGGGUUUGGGGCACUCCCCUCAGUAAAUCUGGAAUUAAGAGUUUACUCUGUAUUCAUAGAGUAGGGAAGAUUCUGAACUCGCUGCUUUCCAGUUACUUAAUGACUUGAGUUGGUAGUCACUUGGUUCUGCGGAAUCCUGAUCAGACCCAGAUGGACUAGAAUUGCUUCUAACUUAAGUCUUUUCUCCUUUCUGCCUCUUCUGCGCUCUCGCCCUG